AUGGAGGAGAGCAUGGAGGAGGAGGAGGGGGGCAGCUACGAGGCGAUGAUGGACGACCAGAACCACAACAACUGGGAGGCCGCGGUGGACGGCUUCCGGCAGCCCCCGCCGCCCCCCUCGCCGAUGCCAGCCCCGGCCCGCGAGCCGCCGGGGGGCCCGCUGCUGGCGCCGGCGGCCGCGGCGGACAGGAAGGGCCCCAAGGAGGGGCUCCCGCUGGGCCCGCCGCCGCCGCCGCCGGAGGCCAAUGGGGUGGUCAUGAUGGUGAAGAGCUGCGACGCCGCCGCCGCCGCGGCCAAGGCGGUCCCCGCCCCCAGCCCCGGCUCCACCAUCAACAUCAACACGUCCACCUCCAAGUUCCUAAUGAAUGUUAUAACUAUUGAAGAUUAUAAGAGCACAUACUGGCCAAAAUUGGAUGGUGCCAUAGAUCAGCUUUUAACCCAGAGUCCUGGUGACUAUAUCCCCAUAUCCUAUGAACAGAUAUACAGUUGUGUGUAUAAAUGUGUAUGCCAGCAGCACUCAGAACAGAUGUAUAGUGAUCUGAUUAAAAAGAUAACUAAUCACUUAGAGAGAGUCUCAAAGGAGCUGCAGGCCAGCCCUCCAGAUCUCUAUAUUGAAAGAUUUAAUAUAGCUCUUGGACAGUAUAUGGGAGCAUUGCAGAGCAUUGUGCCUCUUUUCAUAUAUAUGAAUAAGUUUUACAUCGAAACAAAACUUAACAGAGACUUAAAAGAUGACCUUAUAAAGCUGUUUACGGAACAUGUUGCAGAAAAGCACAUUUACAGCCUAAUGCCUUUACUUUUAGAAGCCCAGUCAACACCAUUUCAGGUCACACCUUCAACUAUGGCAAACAUUGUGAAAGGCCUGUACACUCUCCGACCAGAGUGGGUUCAGAUGGCUCCAGCUCUGUUUUCUAAAUUUAUUCCAAAUAUCCUCCCUCCGGCGGUGGAAUCUGAACUUUCUGAAUAUGCUGCUCAAGAUCAGAAACUUCAAAGAGAACUCAUGCAGAAUGGUUUUAUGAGAGGUGACCAGUCCCGGAAGAGAGCUGGGGAUGAGCUGACUUAUAACAGCCCUUCAGCAUGUGCGAGUUCCAGAGGGUACAGAUAG